AUUUUAUGACAACUGCUUGGCUAUAGCACAGCACAGCAAGGAAGCUGGGCUCUCUCUCUCUCUCUCUCUCUUUCUCUCAAACGAGCAUACCAAGAUGCCCACAGAACUCGAAGAGCUUGUUGGCUUUAUUGCCAAUCCAAAUCCACAGAUCAGGCUUUUGGCUACGGAGCAUUUACUCCCUUACUCAACUGCCGACCCAAGCAUCUUCAAAGUCGACAACCUACAACCAGUCAAGAACCUGAAGCUUUUGGUGAAAGACCAUCCCAAAAUCGCCGAGCAUGUCAUAACAAUACUUGUCAACCUCUCAGCGGAUCGCCAAGUGCUUGAGUCUUUAGCUGCCGACGACAAGUUCCUAGACACUGUUCUCGGGUUCAUAAUUAGCCCCUCUGAGCCCAAUGCCAACCUGUUGUCCAUGCUCUUGGCAAACCUCGCCAAAUGGGAUGGAUUCAAAUCGAUACUCGAUAAGAGGCAACCUGCCCCAAAAGAGCUUGGUUCGGAUGAUCGCGUACUGAAUCAACUGCUUGACCUCUUUGUGAAGGGAGCCGAGGGCACUUACAACAAGGCUGCCGACUUUGACCAUCUGUCAUACUUAUUCGCCGAUUUGACGAAACAUGAUGCGAUACGUCAUCACUUCCUCCAGAAGCAAGACUACGAUGAAGUCAUACCUAUCACCAAGUUGAUAGUAUUCACCGAACACAAGUCUGAUGUUCGACGAAAGGGAGUCGCCUCGACUAUCAAGAACGUCGCUUUCGACAUUCCUUCUCAUCCAGCUUUCAUGUCUGAUGAUGACAUCAACAUGCUGCCUUAUAUCAUUCUGCCGAUCAUCGGAAGCGAGGAAUAUGAUCUCGAGGAAUCCAUGGCCAUGCUGCCUGAACUGCAAUUGCUGCCGCCGGAUAAGCAACGCGACUCCGAUCCAAAUAUUAUUCAGACUCAUGUGGAAACGUUGUUGUUACUGUGUACCACCAGGUCAGGUCGUGAUCGUCUACGGGAGAUCAAUGUUUACCCAAUUGUCAGAGAGACCCAUUCGAAGGUCAACGAUGCUGAUGUAAGGGACGCUUGCGAGCGACUUGUCAAUUUUCUGAAAGGCGAUGAGGAUGACACAAACGACAAUGCGCGAGUGGAGGAGCUUGGCCGGGAGGCGGCAAAAGAUACCCUGGAAGCGAACGACGAUGAUGACAAUGACGACGACGAAAUCGUCGAGGUAUAAGGAUUUCUCACACCAAAUAUGUGAUUGAACCACUAUCAACUCUAUGAUCGCUAAACACCCACAUAUUCUACUGGAUCUGGGUGUAGCUGUGCCUCUUAGGAUGCCAGCGGCUUGGUUCUGCGGGUCUAUUAUGAACCAUUUGGGAGAGCAUGUUCAAUAAGCUCGGACGGCUCUAAGAGGCAGCUCUGGCCUGCUGAACGAAAGUGAAACUCCUCACUAGACUAGAGUUUAUUCCCGCUGCCUGCACACUCGCGUUGAUCUGGGCCUGUUCAAUGAGUUGACGAAUUCUUCACGAUACAAGCCUCGGAAGGGAGUUGUUUAUAUAGGUCCUCUGACCAACUUCUCUUGGAAUGUCAACUCCUUGCCAACGUCCUUCAACUACACACUAAUUCAUAGCUACAACAUCCAAAGGUUUAAAUAAAUAAAAAAUAAAAAAUAAAAAUGUUGCCCAAAA